AUGUGGCGACAAACAGACUGGAAGCUAUUGGAAAACAAUAUAUCAAACCUUUCCCUCCCUGCAGAAGCAUGGGAAACCAAGGAACACACGGAACAAACUGUCGAAUUCUUCCUGGAACUGGUCAAGUCAACAAUCAACAUAGUCACGCCACUCUCGAAGGAGGGUGUAAGAGCUAACUCCUGGUGGUCAGACGAAAUGAAACAAAUGAAGGCAAGGGUAAACUCGGCAGAGAGGAAGGCGAGAAAUACAAGGAAAUCCAACCACGUGGAGGAGCACCGGAAGGCAUGUAGAGAAUGGACAGUCAUGAUCCGGAAAGCAAAAGCAGACCAGCGGGAAAAGACGAUGAACGAAGCGAAAGGUAGUGAGGUCUGGAGAGUCCUAAAUGUAGGAAGGAGAAGAGACACAAUCAUACCAACCAUACAAGGUGAAGAAACGUUUGCAGGGAAGUGUCAAGCCCUAAGAGCCCAACUCUUCCCCUCAAAACGGACGUCCCCCGACCAUCCCCCCCUAAAAAUCAGACCCCCCUCUUUUGACCUUAGCAACACUUUCGACACAGUCACCCCCGAAGAACUCAGGAAAGCAAUCGACUCCUGCCCAACGCACUCGGCGACCGGCCCGGAUGGCAUCCCCUAUAUCUUUAUUAAAGCGAUAGUUAAAGCGAACACAACUCUAAUCCAAGACAUGUUCUCCGCCAUGCUUCGGCACGGAGUACAUCCAGCGGAAUGGAAAAUAGCAAAAUGCAUCCCGAUCCCGAAACCCGGCAAAGCAAACUAUCAUGAAGCAAAAGCCUAUCGGCCCAUCUCCCUCCUACAAUGCUUCAGCAAAAUCCUGGAGAAAAUAGUGGCUCAAAGACUCUGCACCGCUGGAGAAAUCCUAGGCACACUCUCAGCGAAUCAAUUCGGAGGAAGACCAAUCAUCUCAGCAAUCGACGCCCUCUUAAGAACCCUAACACCGGUACAACAAAACCUACUUUUGAAGAACAGCACCGGAGUCGCCCGGCGGGACAGACCAGCGAUCCUAACCAACGACAUCCAGGGAGCAUUUAACUGUGUAGACCACCUACUCCUCGCAGAAAUCAUGCACCAGCAAAAAUUCCCCACCUACCUAACAGAAUGGUGCAAGGAAUUCAACACCGGCAGAAAACUACAGUUUCAAUUUAACCAUGAACUAGAGGAACCACAGCCCUAUGAAUCUGGAGUCCCGCAAGGUAGCCCCAUGUCCCCGGUACUAUUUAUGAUCUAUGCCGGAGUAAUCCUGGACCCAACAAGCAGCCCGAAAGAGAUGGACACAACAUACAUCGAUGAUGAUGCGCUGGUGCAAAUAUCCAAAACACCAGGCUUCUGUGAGAGAUGC